AGACAGACAGACUGAGGACGUGCAACAUGGUGCUGCUCAGGGCCCUGGGCUUGGCGCUGGCCCUACUGCAUCUCUCUGGGACAUUGGAGGCAAAGCUGCAUUAUGCGGUGAUCUUCCCCUCGGAGUUGGUGGCCCCCCAUUCUGAACAAGCCUGUGUGCACCUCAGUGGGGCGGAGGGAGACAGCCGGAUACAGGUUACCUUGAACAUGGCCGAACGGAACUCAACGGUGAUAGAGAGGAACCUCCGGCAGAAAUCCCUCUUCAGCUGUGUUACAUUCCAGGUGCCUCCACCCACUCAAGGGAAUGAAGAAGUGGCCACCAUGGAAAUUCUCAUUGAGAGCGCAGGGGAGACCGUAACCAACAGCAGCAAAGUUCUAGUGAAGAGGAGAAGAACCAGCACUUUCAUUCAGACGGACAAAGCUGUAUAUAAACCAGGGGACACAGUGCAAAUACGAGUUGUAAAUCUUGAAGAAAAUCUACAACUGAAAGAAACUCAGGUAAGUGUCUGUUCCCUUCAGGAUCCAAGGUGGAACCAUAUUACCCAGUGGCUGAAUGUGACUGUCACACAGGGAAUCGCUGAGCUCUCGUUGCCGCUGUCCCCGGAGCCUUUGUUUGGUCAAUAUGCCAUUCGUGUUGGGCACACUGUGCACUUCUUUAAUGUGGCAGGAUACGCCCUUCCCAAAUUUGAGGUCGUCUUUCAGUUCCCCAAGGCUGUUUUAUCCAACAGUGAACAAUUCCAGCUGAAAAUAUGCGGCAGGUACCCAUAUGGCCAACCCGUGCAAGGAACAUAUCAGGCUACGGUGUGUCGCUGGGCCUUUUUAGUCUACUGGUCGGGACAUUUUCAAAAUUUUUCGGACCUGUGUGUUGAUUUCAGUGGAAAGUUGGAACAGUCUGGGUGUUCCAUAUUGCAAAUCAAGUCUGAUACCUUUAGAAUUGCCUACAACACUCAUGAAAUGUAUCUAGAGGGAGUAGCAACCAUUACAGAGGAAGGAACAGGGAUGAAAUAUUCUGGAAGAGAUGGAACCACCAUUUUAUCCACGCUAAAAAGUUGCCGUUUCCUGGAUGCUGACAGUAACUACAAGCCGGGGAUCCCAUACAGAGGGACAAUAAAGGUGAUGGACGGCAAUGAUGAUCCCCUUCCAAACCAAAAAGUCUCCCUAACCAUCAAUCCUAUGAAUAUAACGGAGAACUUGGUAUCGGAUGAGAAUGGACUUGUUUCCUUCCAGUUGGACAACACGACCGCAUGGGAGGGAAAGCUGCGCCUUACGGCGAGUCCAGAAAUGGAAAACACUGUUGAUUGGUAUUCCGGGCUCAUUAUACCUGUUUUAGGGAAAGACUCUCUGGAACUCACACCCUUUGAAUCCCCCAGCAAGAGUUUCCUGAAACUGCACUCCCAGCAGGGGGAGCUCCCAUGUGAGGGGCAACGAGAUGUCCGAGUGGAAUAUAUUAUCCCAAACUCUGCCCUGGGGAUGGAGGCCAAGCACAUGGAGCUGCACUACCUGGUUGUUUCUAAAGAAUCUAUAAAGGACUCGGGAUCAGUGGAAGUGCCCAUUACUAGUGAAGUAGGAGGAUCUUCAGUAAGGGGUGAGGUGAGGGGUGAGGUCUCCAUCAAACUCACACUCAGUGCCGACGUCUCUCCGACUCUCCGCGCUCUCGCCUUCAUUUCCCUCCCUAAUGGGGAAUUAGUGGCCGAUUCUGCAACAUUCAAACUGCAAAGGUGCUUCAAGAACAAAGUAUCAGUUGGCUUCUCCCCAGAUGAAGUUCUCCCAGGAGCUGAUGUUUCCCUACAAGUCCAGGCAGCCGCCGGGUCCCUGUGUGGCCUGAGAGUGGUGGAUAAGACUGUUGAGCCUGAGGUGGAUGUGACGGCUGAUAGGAUUGAGAAGCUCUUCCCCUACUUUACUGGAACAUAUGAUUAUCGGAUCAAAGACGCUGAUGUUAAUUGUCCAUUAAAUCAAAAAUAUCGCGUUGAUGUCUACAGCCUGUUUAAGGAUAUGCGCCUGAAAAUUGUCACCAACGCCUAUAAUAAGAGGCCCUCGGGGUGCUGGGAAAAGGAUGUAGAAGAAAUGUUGUACGUUCCCACUGAAAUACAGUUAUCAUAUUUGAAAGCAUUGGCCCAACUAUUCGGAGUCAAUCCAGACUGGACAGUUGAAUUACCCACCCAUAUUGAACCUACACCAAAAUUUAGAAGAGUAGAAGAUUUUUCAGUAAUUUCAAUGUCAAACGAUUUCAGAGACAAAAAUGAAAUCACUAAAGGAGCUGCUGAAAUAAUCCCGGUGUCUUUGCCAGAGACCUGGAUCUGGGAGCUAGCGGCCGUGGGUGAGUCGGGUAGAGCCGAGGUCCAUGGCUCAGCCCCAGACACCAUCACCGAGUGGAAUGCAGGAGCUUUCUGUAUGGGACCCAGUGGGUUUGGCAUCUCCCCACCAACCUCCCUUCGAGCCUUCCAGCCAUUCUUUGUGGAGCUCACUCUGCCGUACUCUGUGGUGCGAGGGGAGUCAUUCACUCUCAAGGCUUCUGUGUUUAACUACCUCAAGCACUGUAUAAAGGUUCAGACCAUCCUGCUGCCUUCACAAGAGUUAGAGCUGGAACCAUGUGCCGACUGUCAGUAUAGCAGCUGUCUCUGUGCAGAGGAAAGCAAGACCUUCUACUGGAACCUUAAAGCCUCCAACCUGGGAGAGGUGAACGUCACGGUGAGGACGGAGGCUCUGAACACUCAGGACAUGUGCAAUAAUGAGAUUCCUAUUGUGCCCAAGCAGGGUCACUCCGACACUGUGAUUAAGCCACUGCUGGUGCAGCCAGGGGGAAUUCUAGUAGAAAAGUCUCACAACUCUCUGAUCUGCAGACAAAAUGCAAAAGCCCAUUCAAAAAAAGAGAAGAUAUCCCUGAAAGUUCCUGAAAAUGUUCUGAAGGGUUCUGAGAGAGCUUACAUAACAGUGCUAGGAGACCUGAUGGGAACAGCCAUGCAGAACCUGGACUGGCUCCUGCCCAUGCCAUUUGGAAAUGCGGAGCAGAAAAUGAUUCUUUUUGCCCCCAGUAUCUACAUUCUACAGUAUCUGGAAAACACUCUCCAACUGAGCCCUGAGAUCCAGAGCAAAGCCAAACGAUUGCUUACGGAUGGGUACCAAAGACAACUGCCAUACAAAGUAUAUGAUCGAUACUACUAUUUAUUUAGGUCACAGUCACAGGAAAACUCAUGGUCCAUAGAAAACUCUUCGAUGGCGCAUCUGUGUUCUCCAGCCAUCCUAUAUAAUAGAAACAUAGGGGGAGUAGAAGAUGAUGAACUAUCACUCUCUGCUUACGUCACCGUAGCUCUAAUGGACGCCGGUAUGCCGCAAACGGACACUAUACUCAGGCACGCUCUAUACUGUCUCAGGGAGGCUGCCAAAAACGUGAGCAGUGCCUACACCCAGGCUCUACUGGCCUACACUUUCUCUCUGAGUGGAGAUAAUAAAUUCAGGGAGAUGCUGCUGGCUAAACUGGAGGAGAAGGCCAUAAGGAAAGAUGGACAGUUACACUGGGAGCAGAUACCUGCCUUUGAGGCCUUCAACCUCUCAUCCUGGCACCGCGCUCCCUCAGCUGAAGUGGAGUUAGCCUCCUACGUGCUGCUGGCCCUUCGCUCAGAAACUAAGAAGGACCAGAGAAAAGCUUCUGAGAUAGUCAACUGGCUGAGCAAGCAGCAAAAUCCUUAUGGGGGGUUCUACUCUACUCAGGACACAGUUGUAGCGCUACAGGCUCUUGCUGAGUAUGCCGAGGCCACAUUCUCUGACAAGGGAGAUGUCACAGUCACAGUCACUUCCAAGACUGGGUUCCAUCAACAGUUCCAUGUGGAUCAGACUAACCGGCUCCUGCUACAGAAAGCCUCACUGCCAGAUAUCCCUGGGGAGUACUCUCUGUCAGCCACUGGGAGCGGCUGUGUGUAUGUACAGACUGUCCUGAGAUACAACAUUCCCCCACCUAGAAGUGACGCCACCUUCUCAGUACGAGUGGAGACCCAACCAAAGCAAUGUCCCCAGGAGCCAAUGAAACAGAUGGGCAUAGACAUUUACAUUCAAUACACAGGGUCUCGGGAGGAAUCCAACUUGGCUCUGGUUGAGGUCAAGAUGCUCUCAGGCUUUAUACCCGCGUGGAGCACAACGCAUCAGCUAGUGAGCAGCAAUACGAUAAAGCACAUUGAGACCCAAAAUGAUGUCCUGGCGUUAUACCUGAAUGAGUUAGGACAUGAUCCAGUUCAUCUCUCCUUCAUGGUGGAACAAGACAUUGUGGUGAAGAACCUAAAGCCGGCCACAGUGAAGGUCUAUGAUUAUUAUGAGCCAACGGAACAUGCAGUUACCGAGUACAACUCCCCCUGCAGCUCGGGUAAGAACCCAGUACAGGUCUGAGUUCAUACAUUUCCCCCUACAGCUCAGCGCCCCUCUUGGCUAUUCCGUGAUAUUGCUCAUUUGGGCCAAAUUUCAUUUACUGAGAAAAUCUUGUCACCUGAUCCCACAGUCAAAGACGGAUCUCAUGAGAUUAACAUGUAGAGUUCCAGAAUGCCUGAUGAUGUCCCGGAUGGGUAGAGGCUUUCCACUGACAUCAUCAACA